CUUCCGAUCCAUCCGCGAACGAAUUAAAGAUCAGUUCCUCACCGUUGGCGCCUCUGCAGAAAACGCAGGCAGGCAUUGCUGGUCGGAAAUGUCUGACGAUGAUUUUGCUCCGGCAGCAAGGUUGGUCAAUUUUGUGUCCGAGGAUCAGUUGGCUGAAGCUAGGCGAACUCGAGGUCCACGAGUCGAGGAUGGUACUGCUCAGAGAGAUAGACCUCUCUUUGAGAUUUUGAGAGAAAACAAAGACAAGCGUGAUGCAGAAUUUAAUGAAAGGUUCAAGCAUAGGCCACCAAAAGCUUUGGAUGAAGAUGAGACUGAGUUUCUUGAGAAAUAUGAGACGUCAAAGAGAGAAUAUGAACGCCAAAUAGCAGAUGAUGAAGCUGAACAGUUGCGAAGUUUCCAAGCUAGAGUGACAGCAAAGUCUUUGAUGGUUCAUGAGCUGAAGGAAGUACCUCCUCCUCCGAAGGAAGAGGAGUUGAAGAAGCCUAUCAACAGGAAAAACCCGCAAUCUAAUCCUUUAGUCCGUUUUAUAAAAGUUGUGCCGCAAGCAAAGAAAGCCAAACUUGAUCCACAGGCUGAGACUAACGAACCUCUUGAUUCUGGUAAGGCUAAAACUUCUAGUGUAGUAACUGCUAAUGUUGGUUUAGUUUCAUAUAGCGAUGAAAGUGACGAAGACGAUUAGUUGCCUCAGAUAAUUAUGGGGAAAAUACUUUCAUCUACUUGUUUAUUUGAACUUUCUGGUUGAGUUAGGUCCAACACUUGAAAAUGGAUUUUAAUGUAGAAAGCAUAGAAAGAAAUCCUUGAAUUAAUUGUUUGAUUAUUAAA